GGCCCUUUCCGCCCCGCUUCGGCCUCGCUCGGCUCCCGCCCCCCCCCCUCCGCCCCUCGCUCGCUCCCUCCCUCCAGCCAGGGACUGCCCCCGAGCUCUGGCCGGCGAGUUUACCGCUGCUGGUCGCGCGGGUCCCGGGCGCUCCGGCUCACCUGGGCCACCCUCUUCUCCGCGCUGCCCCUCGUCCCACCUAAAACUUCUCGGAGAGCGUCGGUCGGGCAGCGCGCUCGCCCCGCGCCGUCCCCAUCGCAUUCUCGCUCCCCCGGGCAGCAGGCGGCGGCGGGAGUCGGGAGUCGGGAGUCGCGGCGUGAGGGGCGCCCCCGCCGGCCCCUCUGGGAACAUGGCGACCGGCGGCUACCGGAGCGGCGGCAGCACCACGGACUUCCUGGAGGAGUGGAAGGCGAAGCGCGAGAAGAUGCGCGCCAAGCAGAACCCCGCGGGCCCGGCUUCGAGCGGAGGGGAUCCAGCCGCCAAGUCCCCGGCGGGAUCGCUGGCCCCGACCCCGGCCGCCGGGACCUCGGAGCUCAACCACGGCCCGGCGGGAGCGACCGCACCUGCCGCCCCCGGGCCCGGCGCCCUGAACUGUGCUCACGGCUCGUCCGCGCUGCCCCGCGCGGCUCCGGGACACCGGAGGGCAGAGGACGAGUGCCCUAGCGCCGCUGCGGCCGCGGGGGCGCCCGGGUCCCGGGGCGACGAGGAGGAGCCGGAUAGCGCCCCGGAGAAGGGCCGCAGCUCGGGGCCCAGCGCCAGGAAAGGCAAAGGGCAGAUCGAGAAGAGGAAGCUGCGGGAGAAGCGCCGCUCCACCGGCGUGGUCAACAUCCCCGCGGCGGAGUGCUUAGACGAGUAUGAAGAUGAUGAAGCAGGACAGAAGGAACGGAAGCGAGAGGAUGCUAUCACACAGCAGAACACCAUCCAGAAUGAAGCUGCGACCCUCCCAGAUCCAAGCACAUCCUACCUGCCCCAGGACCCAUCGAGAACAGUUCCAGGCAGAUACAAAAGCACAACCAGUGCCCCAGAAGAUGAAAUCUCAAAUAGAUAUCCCCGAACUGACAGAAGUGGUCUCAGUAGACACAACAGGGAUGCAAAUGUGCCGGCUAGCUUUGCCUCAAGUAGUACCUUGGAAAAGAGAAUUGAAGAUCUUGAAAAGGAAAUCAUAAGAGAAAGGCAAGAAAACCUUCGACUUGUGAGACUGAUGCAAGAUAAAGAAGAAAUGAUUGGAAAACUCAAGGAAGAGAUUGAUUUGUUAAAUAGAGACCUAGAUGACAUGGAAGAUGAAAAUGAGCAACUAAAGCAGGAAAAUAAAACUCUUUUGAAGGUUGUUGGGCAGCUGACAAGGUAGAAGACGCAAGGCUUCGGUGUGGAAAACCUGCUUCUAAACUACUGAUGAAUGUCAUGGCUACGGCUAAGCUGAGGCUCCUGGGAUUCAACACAUUGAGAGAACUGUAUAUUUAUUUCUAGAGAACACAUGGAUAUUUUUUUUUCAAGAUUCACUCUUUUUCAUUGCUAGUUUUUAAAAAGUAUAAACCCUGUAUUUCACAUAGAAGUAAUGUUUUUAGUUAUUAAAAUGAUAGGAAAUGCCUUUUGGUUUUGUGUGAUACUCAGAUAAUAUAUGGUUCAAAGUAACAGCCAUUUGCAUAUAUUUUAUCUACGUUAGCACAUAAGCUCCCUAAAGGAAUAUGCCUAGUCUUUGUUUACAUUAAUUCGGAUACUUGGGGGAGUUGCCUACAGAGGCCCUGUUACUAAUGUGUGCGGCCUUCCGUGUGUUAAUACUUAUACAUAAAGACUCAUCUGCCGUUGUCUCUUCUUUUCACAUGCUGUAAUGAUUUCCAGUAGUAAUAAGUACACUAUUUUGUAUAGCAGUAAUCAUUCAAAGGAAAGCUAUUUUACAGAGUUACUUCAUAUGUUCUAGUUGGCUAAAUAUAAACUUGAGAAUACUUGAACUGUGUUAUAGUAAGUGAAAAAUUACUAUUUUGUGUUUUGAAUUUUGAAAAAAAUUUCAAUAACUUCUGAAAAAAUAGUUUAUGUAUAGUUUAUGUAGGUACUAUCGUUCUUUUUUUUUAUUGCUCUAGGGUUUACUAGUAAAUAGUGGGAUAUUUAAAAAGUUGUUUAUUCUUUGGGCCUCAAGUUGUGUACAGUUUCAGCAUUGAAGAAGAAAAUUGAUGCUGUUAAUAGCAUGUGCUUCAAAAUCAGAACCAAAAUAUUUUUCCACACUAAAAGCAUGUAUACAUAUGUCAACAUUUGUAAGCAGAGAUAGCAGAAGAUAAUCUCAGCUGAUUCCUGAGUUGGAGACACCCUGGGACACCUUUUUCUCAAGAGAGAAUAGUUCCAUAAUCCUAACACUGAAGAUUUUAAAGCAACCAUAUUUGAAAAUUUAUAAAAUAAAGUUGUCUUCCAUUAAA